UUGUGAUGUUGAUGUGCCAACCAUUUUGUCACUGCUUUAUUACGUAAUAUGUCCCUAUAAAUAAAGAAGAGCGCUUUCUCUUUACCACUUUCACCAGGAUCCCGCAGGAAGAACAGUUAGCAUUUACAAGACAAAAUCUGCGCAAGAUACUUGCUCACAAUGUCUUCAUUGGUUAAGAAGGAUAUGUGCAUCAAGAUGACCAUGGAAGGGACAGUAAAUGGUCACCACUUCAAGUGUGUAGGAGAAGGAGAAGGCAAGCCAUUUGAAGGUACCCAGGUGGAAAAGAUAAGAAUCACUGAAGGAGGUCCCUUACCAUUUGCGUACGAUAUUUUGGCACCUUGUUGCAUGUAUGGAAGYAAAACCUUCAUCAAGCAUGYCUCAGGGAUUCCAGAUUACUUCAAGGAUUCUUUACCUGAAGGAUUCACUUGGGAAAGAACCCAAAUCUACGAGGAUGGAGGCUAUCUUACCAUUCACCAGGACACAAGCAUACAGGGAGAUAGCUUUAUUUUCAAGGUUAAAGUCAUCGGUGCCAACUUCCCUGCCAAUGGUCCCGUGAUGCAGAAGAAAACAGCCGGAUGGGAACCAUGCGUAGAGAUGCUUUAUCCACGUGACGGAGUCCUGUGUGGGCAGUCCUUGAUGGCCCUGAAAUGCACUGAUGGUAACCAUUUGACGAGCCAUCUGCGAACUACUUACAGGUCCAGAAAGCCAGCCAAUGCAGUUAAUAUGCCAAAAUUUCAUUUUGGAGACCAUCGCAUUGAGAUACUAAAGGAAGCAGAACCAGGCAAGUUUUAUGAACAGUACGAAUCAGCAGUGGCCAGGUACUGUGAAGCUGCACCAUCAAAGCUUGGACAUCACUAACRAGCAAGGCUAUAAACAAGACUCUCAGUUUGCCUGAAAACAAACUCUAAGUUGAAGCYAAAAGUUGUAGAACCAUUUUCGUCUGUCUAAUUGGUUAAUUAAAGUUAGUAUUUUUGAAUAAUUAACGGGCUAUAAGUGUGUUAAAUUUUAACUAUGAUUGAAAUUGUUCAUGCGUUGGUGAAAAUAAAAGAGCAGUUCACGUACGAAAAAA